CGGCGGAUGUGACAUACACCGGCUACGUGUCCAGAAGUUGUGUUGUCAACAUGGCGGCUCAGCAGGGAGAUGUUGAUGAACUUUUCGACGUGAAAAAUGCUUAUUACAUCGGCAGUUACCAGCAGUGUAUUAACGAGGCUCAGAAAGUGAAGCCGUCAUCGCCAGAGAAGGAGACAGAGAGGGACAUGUUUCUGUACAGAGCAUACAUUGCACAGAGGAAGUAUGCUGUUGUCCUGGAUGACAUCAAGGCCAACUCUUCACCGGAGCUCCAGGCUGUACGGAUGUUUGCAGAGUAUCUGUCCAACGACAUAAAAAGGGACGCUAUUGUUGCUGAUUUGGACAAGAAGAUGGCGAAGAGCGUUGAUGCUGCCAACACCACCUUCCUGCUGAUGGCCGCCUCCAUCUACUACCGUGAGACGAACACCGACGCUGCUCUCAGGACUCUGCAUCAAGGAGAAAGCCUGGAGUGCAUGGCCAUGAGCAUUCAGGUGCUUCUCAGUCUGGAUCGAGUCGACCUGGCGAGGAAAGAGCUGAAGAAGAUGCAGGAGCAGGAUGAGGAUGCCACUCUCACCCAGCUAGCCACAGCCUGGGUUAACAUCGCAGUGGGUGGAGAGAAGCUGCAGGAUGCCUACUACAUUUUCCAGGAGAUGUCUGACAAAUACUCGUCCACGCUGCUGCUGCUGAACGGACAGGCGGCCUGUUACAUGGCUCAGAACAAGUGGGAGGAGGCUGAAGGAGUGCUGCAGGAGGCGCUCGAUAAGGACAGCAGCCACCCUGAGACGCUGAUCAACCUCAUCGUGCUGACCCAGCACCUGGGCAAAGCUCCAGAGGUAACCAACCGGUAUCUGUCCCAGCUGAAAGAUGCACACCGAGCUCACCCCUUCCUCAAGGACUAUCUAGCAAAGGAGAACGAGUUCGACAGACUAGCGAUGCAGUACGCUCCCAGCGCUACGGCAUGAAGCAUCUCCUUUUACCGAGUUCGACGCCAUGAAAACAACUCGACAUCUCACCUACAUACAUGUACACUGAACAAAAAUGUAAACGCAGCAUGUAGUGUUUAAUUAAAAUCUGUGAAUUCUUUUUAACAUGGAGCAAAAAGCAUUUGUUGUCCCAAAACACGCCGUCUCUACAACAGAAGGAAACAACCAAACACAUUUAAAUAUAAACCAGAUUUCUCAUGCUUUUCACGCAGAUUAAAUGACAAACAAUGUCCUGCUCAUCCUGAAGGACUGGGUGAAUUUAGUGGAUGUUUUUUGAUGUCUGGUCAGCUGUCUGAAAUUAUCUUUUUAGAUGACAAACGGUGCAUUUUUGGAUAUUCAGAAAUACACGGUAUCUCUAAAACAGGAUAGAUAAUCUAAAUCCUGCACAUCCUGAAGGACUCGGGGAGGUUGGUGGACAUUUUGGGUGUUUGGUUAGCUGGUCUGAAAUGAUUUUUUUUUACCACUAACGGUUGUAAAAGUGUGCCACACUUGUACGACAGAAUGAAUCACGUGAGUCCUGCUCGUUAUGAAGGACUCGGUGAAGUUGGUGGACAUGUUUGAGCUGUUAUCAAACAUCCACAGCAUCAUUUGGCAGAUUUUAUGUCACAACAAGCUGUCUGAAAUUACUUCUAAGAUGACAAACGGUUAAUUUUGGGACUUCCAGAAAUAAGCAGCAUGAGUGGACAUUUUUUCUGAAAUGAUUAUUCAGACGACUGACGGGGACUUUUUGGACAUUCAGAAAUACUCAGCAUCUCUAAAACAGGAUAGACCGUCUAAGUCCUGCUCAUCCUGAAGGACUCUGUGAAGUUGGUGCACAUCCUUGGCAUCAUGUAGCUGAUUUUCUGUUGCACCAAGCCGUCUGAAAUUGUUUUUUAGACAACUAACGGUGAAUUUCUGGACGUUGAGAAAUACACAGCAUCUCUAAAAUAUGAUGGAUCGUCUGAAACACAGAUUAGAUGAUGUCCUGAAGGAGUCAGUGAAGUUGAUGGACAUUUUUUGGAGUUUGGUUAACUAUCUGAAAAGAUUUUUUUCAGACCAGUAUCUGUGAAGUUCUGGACAUUCAGAAGCACUCUGCAUCUCUCAGACAGAAUGAAUCAUCUGAGUCCUCCUCGUCCUGAAGGACUGGGUGAAGUUGGUGGACAUUUCUGAGCUGCUGUCAGACAUCCGCAGCACCUGUGGCAGAUUUUCUGUCACACCGAGCUGUCCGAACCAAACAAAUGCUGGGUUUGUGGUCGUUCAGGUGCUUUUUUUUGCAGCCCUGACCGUCAUUUUUCUCCUGUCAUCUGUGGCGUCGCGUCAUUUGAAUAAAGCUGCUUUAUGAGGUGGCCUUUUUAUUGCAGCGUCUGUGAGCUUCUCGAGCUAUCUGAUCGAUGUUUUUUUUAAGCCACCAGUGUGUGGUUUAGCUCUGAAUGUGUCACCAGUCAAACAGCUUGAAAACUUUCUGCGCACAAUUGGCUAAAUUUGUACCAUUCUCAUGCUGCGUUUAUGUUUCCGUCCAGUGUGUGUUUUCAUAUUUUUACUCGGCCGCUUUAUUUAAACCACACGUGAGGUCAUAAUUUCCCUUGGAGGGUGUCCAGUCUUUAGAAAUUUGUGUUUCUCCCACCAUACCCACAUUUAUUGCAAACAUUCCUUUGAAAUGUUAAUAAAUGUUUAACAGCA